CGAGAGAGAUCACCUGACUAACGCGGAAGUGAGAAUCAGCAGCAACAACAUGACCCAGGCACAGUAAACACUGCUUUGAAACUUAAGUAUAUUUUUGUUGCUUCUUCGGCAACAUGGUUCGGUGUUUCCUCAUCAACACAGUCUGCCCGGUCAGUGCUCUCGGUGCUGGGGAGAGCCGGGUGCUUUACUGCCGGGUCUUCGGUCCAGAUGAGAGCAUCUUCACCGACCAGAACCGGGAGCUCAGCCCGGAGGAGAGGCGGGUUCUGCAGAGGGAGAAGAUCGCGGUGGUAGCACGGCAGGUGCGCAGUGCUGUGUCUCUCUCCCGGGAGGCUGCCGGCCGGCUGCUGGUGGAGGCAGUUCCCGGGGAGGAGGCGCUGGCGCUGCAGGAGGCCGACAGCGGGGUGCUGCGUCUCAGAGCGGGAGACCCUUUCCCGGAGGAGAUGAGUGCUCUGUGGCUGGGAGUCCAGAGUCUGGGCUUCACGCUGGUCUGCGAGCCCCACGAGAACCUCCUGCUGGCCGAGGGGACGCUGCGCACCCUGACCCGACACUGCCUGGAGCAGCUGCACAUGCUGGGGCAGGGCAGCGAGGUCCUACUGAGGAGCAACCGCAUCGACGCUCUGCUCAGCCGCCUGCUUCCUCACGGUCAGCUCCUCUUCCUCAACCACCGCUUCGCCCAGAGCCUGGAGAAGGAGGUGUCCGCUUACAUGGCAAAGUGACCCACAAAUACCCACUGUAAGACUUCCUGUUUGAGCUCAUUACUGCUGGUUGUUCUCCACUGGUGACAUCUCUGCAGCAGUAGAAGAAGAGCGGACUGCUGGCAGCUGAUUGGUGGUGAACACACAGCGAGGUAAAUAUCUGCCUCAGCCACUUGCAGCUCAGUGUUGACUGUUUACUGUGUGGGAGGCUUCAGUUCAAAUCCUGUUUGUCAAAUUGAAGAGUUGAGAGGAAAAUGUGGCAGAUUAAAGAGUGCAGCUCAAGAGGCCGGUUAAAACGUCCUCGUCAACAUCACAGAGGCUGUUAUCUGAUUCACCCUGCUCUGUGUGACACUGUGUGACCUUCAGGAGCAGACUGAAGAAGCCUGGGAGGAUAAACGAUUCUCUAAGUGCUUUAUUGCAUCAGUGUGGUUUCUACUGCACCUUUUUUAAAAAGAAGGAUAAACCAUUUAACCUGCUGUUAAUGCAGUGCAUAGUGGGAUUCAUCUCAUAGCAACAAACAGCAGGAAUGGAGCAACAAGAUAAGACAUUGACACAGCUUUUUCUCCUGGAAGAAAUCUGAUCUUUUUCAUAAAUGACUAACUUUUAAAUUAUAUUAUAAAUCUCAUAUAGUAACAGAGAAAUGGAGCAAAGAAACAUCAUUUAGAACUUAAAAUGCAUUAUUAUUGAGACAUGGACACAGCUUUUGUUCCUGGAAAGUAGGAGGAAACCCAUUAUUUAUAAAGUAACUUUGCAGUCCAAAUAAUGAUUCAUUGCACGGCAGAAAUGGAGCAAAGAAAAAAACUGUUGACCCAAAAAUAUACAAUAUUUUUUUGAUGUAUGUACCUAUUGUUCUUGUAAAGUAAUAGGGAACUAGGUAUUUGGUGACAUACAUAGUGUUAUUCAUGUAAGAGUAACAUACAGCAUGAAUGGAGCAAACAAUUACAACAUUUUGAACCAAAGAAGUCAUUAUUAUAGAAAUGUUCAGGCUGUAAAAAUGCAGGAAGUGAAAUGAAAUGUUUAAAAAAAACAAGAUUAAAGAUGUGCAGAGAUGUCAGCAUGCAAAAUAGGACAACAAUAAAACAGUAAAUUAAAAACUGCAAUGGAAACUUCCAGACACAAUAAUUACAAAUGCAUCCCUGUACCUUGUGAACAUCUGUUGUGCCUCCGACUGCCCCCCUCCCAUGAAGCCAGACUCUCCUCCUCCCCCUCCUCCCCCCUGAAUCUAUCUGGGUACCAGCAUCAAUUGCUUUGAUUUGCUCAUUUUUUUUCUCCCAAAUUAAUAAAUAAAACUAAUUUUAAGCAUUA